UUCAACGACCACGAUUGCCCGGGGCUUUUGUGGGAUUAGGCACCGCUGCUAACUCGGCCCUCCUCUGAGAAUAAUGCGAUUUAAAUGUCCCCAGUGCAGUGCCGAGGACUCGGGAAUUCUACAGAAGCUAGACACAAGAGUUGGGUUUUUUUUUCUGUGCCCACAAGGAGCUUCCAUUACUAUAGAUUAAGAGUGGGGAAGGCAAGCAAUGACUGGCUCAUUUUCACCUGAGCGCUUAGGAAGGUUUCCCCCUUGUAUUCUUUCCUAGUGCUAUGCACACAGCACUGAUUAAGGCCUAGUGACUGUAAGAAUGGCUCUAAUUUUACAGAGAGGAGAAAGGGAGGGAUUGGGAAGCAGAGUGGCCUAGUUGAUAGAGCAUGGUCCCGGGGGCAGAAGGUCCUGCUUUUGAAUCCUGGCCACUGGUUUGCUCUGUGACCUUGGGCAACAUGGAAAGAGUUGUAAAGGAAAAGACCCAUGGAAUAGCAGGCUCUAGAAUUAAGACCGCAGUUUCACUCGGGGAUGGUCCAAAACGUGUUCCGAUUGCUCAGCCCUCUCAGAACCGGUUACCUGGAAGUGGGGGCCAAGCACAGCGCGUCUUAUGUCCCUCAAAUCUCGCACAGCGAGUUCCUUCACAGGCCCCAAAGCCAGUAUCCAGUCAGAAGGUAGCAUCCGGUCAGAAACCAGUCCCGAACCAGCAGUCGCAGGCCCCCCCAUCUCAUCCAGCACCAAGGCCCCAGCCUACAACCCCAAACAAGGACCAGGCUCAGCCCCCGACAUCCGCAAACAUUCCUGAAAAGAGAGAAGUACCUAGCCAGAAAGAGGCACCUUGCCAGAAGAAUGAAGAAUCCAAAAAACGGCAGUGGUCAUUGGAUGACUUUGAUAUCGGUCGCCCUCUGGGAAAAGGGAAAUUUGGAAAUGUUUACUUGGCCAGGGAGAAACAAAGCAAAUUUAUCCUGGCAUUGAAGGUGCUAUUUAAAGGCCAACUGGAGAAAGCAGGAGUCGAACAUCAGCUGCGACGAGAAGUCGAAAUCCAGUCUCAUCUUAGGCAUCCAAAUAUUCUCAGAUUAUAUGGGUAUUUCCACGAUGCCACCCGGGUUUACUUGAUUCUAGAAUAUGCACCUCGUGGAGAAGUAUACAGAGAACUUCAGAAAUUUUCUAAGUUUGAUGAACAGAGAACUGCUACUUAUAUCACGGAGUUGGCUGAUGCCCUAUCGUACUGCCACUCGAAAAAAGUGAUUCACCGAGAUAUUAAGCCUGAAAAUCUGUUGCUUGGAUCAGAUGGUGAACUGAAGAUUGCUGACUUUGGAUGGUCUGUGCACGCCCCCUCAUCUAGGAGGACAACUCUGUGUGGCACUCUUGACUACUUGCCUCCUGAGAUGAUUGAAGGACGAAUGCAUGAUGAGAAGGUGGAUCUCUGGAGUCUUGGAGUCCUGUGUUAUGAAUUUUUAGUGGGCAAACCUCCCUUUGAGGCAGAAACCUACCAAGAAACUUACAGGAGCAUUUCAAAGGUUGAAUAUAAAUUUCCUGGCUUCGUAACGGAUGGAGCUAAGGAUCUUAUCUCAAAACUCCUGAAGCAUAACCCAUACCAGAGGCUAACUUUAAAGGAAGUGCUCGAACACCCGUGGAUCACAGCAAACUCGUCGAAAGCACCGAACAGCCUAAAGAGCCAAGAGUCCACCAGCACGAAAUCCUAGAUCCUUAGGUUGAGGAGACCUGUCUGGACCAUGAGUACUGUGUAAUCAAGUAGAACAUGCUGCUGAAACUAGUCUUGACCAAAAGACUUCGGUCUAAGGAGGUGUUUAAAUCCAUUUGUUUCCAAACUGAACUGUCAGUAUUUUAAGUCCUCAACAUUUGUAAUUCAGGAAACUCGACUCUUAUUUAAAUGUCCAGUUCUGAAGUACAAGGCAGUUCAAGAAUUGGAAGGCAACUCCAUUCAAGAAGCCCCGCUGCCUCGAUGGCUCUCGGAACUGCAGGGCGAGCGUAUAAUAUAGUGGAGUUGCCAAAGAGCCUGUGGUGCCCGGUAGAAGACACAGCAUAGUGAGUUGCUAAAGAGGUAGGACUACUGGAGUCUUCUGAUCUGACCUCUGAAAGGACAGUGCAAUAACAAAGGUGAAGUGCAUGGGUGUCUUAACUUAUAGGGCUGCUAAGGAUGUCAGAAUAAAUGUGAUGUGGUCUGAAUCGGAGUGAAACUUGAUCUGUCUGAACACUGAUUUCCCUCUGUGCUCUUUUCUGCUAUUGUUUGAAUGAAAAUUGUCCUACCAGUGUAUAAAAUAAAGAUUUGUUUGUACUUUU